CUUGCUGACCACCACCAUAUCCGCCACUCCACUUGUACCCUGUGUCCGUCACCAUGUCCAAGGAGGAGAGCAUCACUCUUGAGGAGACGAAUAAGAUUCGUAUCUCCUUGGGUCUCAAGCCGCUCACGGACGACAGCAAGCCGGUAGACGACAAGGAGCAGCAGGCACAGGACAACUAUGCCAAGCAGCGAGAGAAGGAGGCGAAGGAGCGGGAAGCGAAGAAGAUACAGGAUAGCAUCGCGAAGGUGAGAAACCGGCGAGAGCUCAAUGCAAAGCUGAAAGGUGCGACGCUCGGUGAUGCGGACGGCGACGCAGACGACGCCUUGAAAUGGAUCAAACGGAGCAAGAGGAAGGAGAGGGAGCUCGCUAAGAAACGACAAGAAGAGCUGGAGGACAUGGACAAGGCGUUCCAGGAGGACUACACGGAGAGGGAUCUCGCCGGCUUGAAGGUCAGCCAUGACUUCGGAGCGAUGGAGGAAGGCGAGGACCGGAUACUUACCCUCAAAGAUAGCCGUAUCCUGGACAAUGAGGAGGAUGAGCUCGAGAACGUCGCCCUAGCUGAAGAUGAGAGGACCAAGAAGAAUAAAGAGCUUAAGAUCAAGCGGCGAGAGUAUACUGGAUACGACGACGAGGAGUUCGCCCCCGGCCAUGCGGGAAUGAAGCGGAACGUCCUCUCCAAAUACGAUGAGUUCUUGGAGGGCUCCAAGGAAACGGGUUUCCGUUUGGGUGGAUCUGCACAGUCUGCCGCCCAAUCCAAGCGUGCAGAGGAGGAGGCGUCUGCUACUACGGUUAACAAGUCCCUGCUGUCCAUCGAUUACGCUAAGAAUAUUGAGUCGGCGGACUAUAUGAAAGAAGGUGACGUCGGUUUCAAGAAGCCAAAGACCAAGAAAAAACGCCCUUCACGAAGAGUGGCAGAGGAGUCCGACAUCGCUCCACUCAAUGGUGACGACCAGAUGCAGGUAGACGAGAAGCCGAUUGUGCCACGACCGCGUAACCUGGACACCAAUUUCGUAGAUGACGAUGAGCUCCAAGCGGCGCUUGCGCGUUCACGACGAGCAAAGCUGCAGAAGUCGAAGAAGCUCUCGCCGGAGGGGAUUGCGCGCAGAAUUGCCGAGGAGCGUGCUCAGCCGGAAGGUCGUGCAGUUGAGGUCAUCAACAUCGAAGAUGACGACAACGAUGGCGAUGGCGGUCUGACAUUCGAUGACACCUCAGAGUUUGUCCGCGCAAUCACGUACGACCCCGUAGCCGUGAAGAAAGAGUCUCCUUCGCAAGCACCAGCAUCGAGACAGACGCCGAAACCUCAUUCACCGUCUGCUGAUGUCAAGAUGGAAGAGGGUGACGAGGUGCUGGAUGAGCUGGAGGCAGGCGAAGUUCGCGUGAAGGAGGAGCAAGACUAUGACGAGGAGAUGCUCAAUGCGAUCGAGAACGCCAUCAAGGAGACGGAGGCCGCUGAGAAGGCUGCUACGGAUAAUUCGGAGGUUGAGGUGGGCACUUCGACAGAGCAGACAUACAGUUCUGGUAUGGCAUCGACUCUCAACAUCCUCCGCCAUCAAGGUGUUCUCGCGCCGCCGAAGGCCGAUGACCAGGAGAGGGAGCGUAUUCAGCUGCAGAGAGACCUCUGGCUCGCCGACUACAGGCGUAAGCUCGCAGAGCGGGAGCUCGGGCGCACGAAGGGGCGUGGCGGGAACAAGGACCAGGCGACGCGCGAGUACGAGAAUCGCGUGCGCGAGCAGCAGGAGGCGCGCCAGAAUCUCGAGCUGUACAAGAACUACAAGCCCGACGUGAACAUCGUGUACUACGACGAGUUCGGCCGCGAGCUCACGCCGAAGGAGGCGUGGAAGGCGCUCUCGCACAAAUUCCACGGCAAGGGCUCGGGCAGGUUGAAGACGGAGAAGAGGCUGAAGAAGAUCGCCGAGGAGAAGAAGCAGGAGGCGAUGGCGAGCGGGGAUACGCCGUUGAGCAUGAAUCAGGCGUUCCAGAUCCGCCAGGAGAAGGCGGGACAGGCUCACUUUGUUCUCUCCGUUGGCAACAGAGGUGCCGUGCCUCAAGCCGCGGAGUUCCUCGAUGCCCAGCCGCUCUCGAAGGGCAAGACAGAGAAGACCAAGAAGAAGAAGAACGCCACAAAGGUGUCGACACCUCAGCUCGACUCGAGCGGCUUCAUGACUCUCCCCGCACCGACGACGCAUAACGGCAGCCCCGCGCCAUCAGGCGUAGCGGGCGCUUCGUCGACGAGCAAUGGCUCGCCCGCUCCCCGGCCAGGCUUCUCCCGCAUCUCACGCGCGGUGGAACCCUCGCCGAAGGAGGGUACACCUCUGGAUCGUACGAAGUUCGUCAUCGGCUUGGGGGCUAAGCGCAAGGCGAGUGGAGAGCCUUUGGACUCGCCGCCACCCAAGAGGCGGUAGUUCGCGAGUCGUUCGUGGUGUUUGUUCCGGUUCUUAUUGGUCACUUAUGUAUAAUGCAAUUGCGGAAGUUGUCAUGGGUUUCGUGAAAGGUAUCCUGUAUGGUGACGGCACUAUAGCGCGGAGACGCUGCGUAUGCAGAGGUCCUUUGCUACUGCGCAGCGGUUCUUAUCCAAGCCGGUGCCACUCCCGAAAGCUUGUGUCAAGGAUGCUUGACCAUCGUCGAUCCAUUCCACAGGAUGUGCGCUCUUCUCCAGCACCAUCUUUAUAGUCGUCCAGGAGAAACGGACCAGUGCAGGAAAGCCAAAUGUUGGCUCGAGGGAGCUUUUGACCCAUGCCUGCGUCUUCGGAUCUG